AGCGCGACACCCAACGCGGAACGAAAAUUUUACGUGCGAUUCGAAAAAAAUGUCCUGCAACGAAUGAGUGCACCGGGGGACGACCCUGGGGGCGGGGAGCGGCCCCACAGCCCCUCGACGCCGACGAGGCGAAAGCUGAAGGACCGGGUGAACUUUUACGAGCAAGUUUGGGCCGGCAGCCCGCCGGCGGAUUCAGCCGGCCCGUCCAGGAUUAUCAACGUGGACGAGUUCGAGAAAAAAUUGUCGGAAGAGCGAAGAAAACUCAGCACUUUUGAGCUGGAGCACGUCGCCUUAAGACACACACCCACCGGUUCACCGAAACACAUGGUCCAACGCUUGCAAGAAGUCAAACCUGAUGGCACAUUCGAGGAGACAAUUACGAAAACAACUCAGGAAGGAGACCUGGCCUCUGGCGUGAAAACCGUCAAGUUCGAGACGGUAACGGUGCGGAAAACGGUUCGACAAAUGACGUCUAGUUCGAGUGCCACCUCGAUCAAAAAGCUCACCAGCAGAACUCCCUCUGAGGAGGGUUGCCUGGACUCAGCCUAUCUGACUCAGUCCUUGGCGUCCAGUUUGACCUCUUCGGAGGAGAUCCUUGGACCUGGCAAGGACUCUGACCAAAGCAGCUGCGGAAGCAGCAAAGUGACUAGUUCAGGUGCCGAGUGGUACAACGAGUACAGGACUCAAAGUUUCCAACCGACCCCGAUAUCGACUGAUAAGAUUCAGUACGUUAGGAGCAAGUCUGUGUUUGAAAAGCACAUCGACGAAAUUAAAGAUAAUCAAGAAAGAGUGCAGAAGAAGACCUUUGUCAACUGGAUCAAUUCCUAUCUAUCUAAGGUAAAAUAA